AUGGCUGCUUUUAAACCAUAUAAAUUCAUUAUUCUCGAUAAAUUUUUGAAAAAUAGCAACUUUCAUACACAGAUAAUUUCAUAUCUUGAGUUGUCAUUAUUAUGUAAAGAAAUAUACAUUAGUGAAAAUUUUUCAAAAUUAAAUUAUGAAAGUAUAUGUAGAAAUAAGUUAAUAUAUUAUUCUGAUGAAAGUUUAAUAUAUAAAUUAAAACAGAACAAAAUAAUUGAUGAUAAGGUUCAACAAAAUUCUUCUAAUAAAAAUAAUAAAUUUAUAAAUGGCAAUUCUAAUUAUAAUUUAGGAGAAAAUGAAAAUAAUAUAAGAAGAGAGCAAUUAGAAGUAAAAGAAAGUAAUAAGAAAAAGGAUAUAGAAAAAGAAAAUAGUAUAUCAAGUAAUAAAUAUGAUAAUAUUAGAAAUAAAAAUGAUUUAGUGAGUUUUUUUAUUUAUGACAAUAACAAGGAAGAAGAAUUGAUAUCCCUAUUAAAUUUAAAUAUAAAUUAUAAAGUAGAUCAUAUAAACAUUUUAUGCUUAAAUAAUUGUAAUUUAAUUGUAAAUCUAUUAAAAAAAAAAUUUCAUUUUAAGAAUAGAGUUUCCAUAUAUUGCCCAUUUUACAUAAUUCAUGAUAUUGAUAAAAAUAGAAAUUCUCAAGAAAAAAUUAAAGAUUUCUUUUAUAGCAUAUUUAGUGAUUUUCUUCCUUUAAAUUAUAAAUAUAUUUAUCUAUCUGAUUUAAUAAGAGCUAUUAUUUUAAAUUCUGAAUUAUGUCAGAAUAAAUCAAGUAAUUCUUUAGAAGUAUUAAAGUUUUUAGAUAUUAUGGAAAUAAUUGGAAAAAUAUGA